AUGCCGCAUCACGAAGAAAACAACUUCUCCGCGCCAGCCGAACUGCACGACUUUGCCGCCCUACUCUUCGACAUGGACGGCACCAUCAUCGACAGCACAGAUGCCAUCGUCAAGCAUUGGCACCAGAUAGGAAAGGAGAUUGGCGUACCAGGUGACGAAAUUCUCCAAACAUCCCACGGACGAAGAAGUAUCGAUGUCCUAGCCAUCCUCGCCCCGGACCGUGCAGACUGGGACUACGUAUGCCAAGCCGAAGGCGUCAUCCCCAUCAACUACGGCCAUGACGCUGUCGAGAUCCCUGGUAGUAGAGCCUUGCUCGAUCAUCUAGAGAGCGCCAAUGCACCUUGGGCAAUCGUCACUUCCGGAACGAGACCGCUCGUGACUGGCUGGCUGGAUCGCAUGAAGCUGGCGCAUCCCAAGUACAUGGUGACGGCGGAAGAGGUCCAGCACGGGAAGCCUGAUCCUGAGUGUUACAGAAUGGGUGCUUCGCGGUUAGGGUUUGGCGAGGGUGGUAAGGCAGUUGAUCCUAGUGAGAUUCUGGUUCUCGAGGACGCUCCGGCGGGAAUGAGGGCGGGAAAGGCAGCGGGCUACAAGGUUGUUGCGCUGGCGACGACACAUGAUGUUGCGAGGCUGAAGGAGGCAGGUGCGGAUUGGAUUGUAAGGGAUAUGAGGAGUGUUACUCUGCAGCGUGUCGAUGGGAAGACUGGUCGGGUCAGUAUUGAGAUUCGGGAUGCAUUGGUGGCAUGA